GGCAGGCACGGUGGCGCGCUCAGCCCCGGAAUUAGCGGAUUUAUUUGGAAUAUCCUGCUUUCCUGGAGACGUGCGGCUGCCGCUGCCUUGUGCGAAGGGAGAAUUUAAUAACUGCGCUCCAGCAUGCAGGCACAGAGACCCGGGAAGCCCAGCAAGCAGCGGCUCCGCCGGCAUCCGCAGCCUCGGAAAGCAUGAGAAGAAAAUCUGGAGCACCCUGCCUGUUCCCAGCGACCGGCUGAUGUUUUUUUUACCUCACCCUUUCAAUCCGUGCGUGAAGUGGCUGUGGGCAAGCGGCUCCCUUGCUCCUUGAAAGAGAAUCUUUAAUGACUGGAAAACUCAAUGGAUCAUGUUUUUAUCAUCUAAGCUAUUUUUACAUUGACUGUGCUGUAAACACAUGGAGGAGCUCUUGUGGUACAAUGCCAGAAAGACUAACGGAAAUGCUUAUGGAUACAUGGACUCCAUUAAUAAUAUUAUGGAUUACUGUCCUUCCUUCCAUUUAUAUGGCUCCAAUGAAUCAAUCUCAAGUACUACCAAGUGGAUCCAGUACAGGACUAAAAAGGCUAAAUGAAGAACAAAGAGUUUUGCACCGUUCCAAGAGAGGUUGGGUUUGGAAUCAAAUGUUUGUGUUGGAAGAAUUUUCUGGACCUGAACCAAUCCUAGUUGGCCGGCUGCACACAGACCUGGACCCUGGCAGCAGCAAAAUCAAGUAUAUUCUGUCAGGGGAUGGAGCUGGGACCAUCUUUGUCAUCAACGACAAGACCGGAGACAUCCACGCCAUGAAAAGGCUGGACCGGGAGGAGAAGGCUGAGUACACUCUCACAGCCCAGGCAGUGGACAGGGACACAAACCAGCCCCUGGAGCCCCCCUCAGAAUUCAUCAUCAAGGUUCAGGACAUCAAUGACAACGCCCCCGAGUUUGUAGAGGGUCCCUACCACGCCACGGUGCCAGAAAUGUCUCUUGUGGGCACCUUUGUUACUAAAGUAACAGCUACAGAUGCAGAUGAUCCAGUGUAUGGAAACAGUGCCAAGCUGGUUUAUAGCAUUCUGGAAGGACAGCCUUACUUUUCUAUUGAGCCCCAUACAGCUAUAAUUAAAACAGCUCUUCCCAACAUGGACAGAGAAGCCAAAGAAGAAUAUUUUGUGGUCAUCCAGGCAAAGGACAUGGGAGGACAUAUGGGUGGACUCUCUGGAACUACAACAGUGACAAUUACACUCAGUGAUGUGAAUGACAAUCCUCCUAAGUUUGCACAGAGUCUGUAUCACUUCUCAGUAAUGGAAGAUGUUGCUCUUGGUGAACCGAUAGGAAGGGUGAAAGCAAAUGACCUGGAUAUUGGAGAAAAUGCUAAAUCAUCCUAUGAUAUUAUUGAAGGAGAUGGAAUGGAUAUAUUUGAGAUUACUACAGAUGCCCAAACUCAGGACGGCAUUAUUAGAGUGAGAAAGCCACUGGACUUUGAGACCAAAAAGUCCUACACCCUGAAGGUGGAGGCAGCCAACAUUCACAUCGACCCUCGCUUCCUCAGCGGGGGCCCCUUCAAGGACACAGCCACCGUGAAGAUCGUGGUGGAGGAUGCUGACGAGCCACCAGUCUUCUCCUCUCCCACUUACCUCCUGGAAGUGCACGAAAAUGCUGCUCUCAACUCUGUGCUGGGCCAGGUGACAGCCCACGACCCCGACGUCUCUUCCAGCCCCAUAAGGUUUUCCAUUGAUCGCCACACUGACCUUGAGAGACAGUUCAACAUCAAUGCAGAGGAUGGGAAAAUAACUCUGGCAACACCCCUGGACAGAGAAACCAGCACAUGGCACAACAUCACUAUUGUAGCCACUGAAACCAGGAACCACAGCCAGGUGUCCCGGGUGCCAGUUGCUAUCAAAGUUCUCGAUGUGAACGACAAUGCCCCUGAGUUUGCAUCGGAGCACGAGGCCUUUCUGUGUGAGAAUGGGAAGCCUGGACAAGUAAUUCAGAUUGUCAGUGCUGUUGACAAGGAUGAUCCUAAAAAUGGGCAUUAUUUCCUGUACAGCCUUCUUCCUGAAAUGGUCAACAACCCAAACUUCACCAUCAAGAAAAAUGAAGAUAACACCCUGAGCAUCCUGGCCAAGCACAGCGGCUUCAGCCGGCAGAAGCAGGAGGUGUACCUGCUGCCCAUCGUCAUCAGCGACGGCGGCACGCCGCCCAUGAGCAGCACGGGCACGCUGACCAUCCGCGUCUGCGGCUGCAGCAGCGACGGCACCGUCACGUCCUGCAACGCCGAGGCCUACGUGCUGCCCAUCGGGCUCAGCAUGGGCGCCCUCAUCGCCAUCCUGGCCUGCAUCAUCCUGCUGCUCGUCAUUGUGGUGCUGUUUGUGACACUGAGAAGACAUAAGAAUGAGCCUCUAAUCAUCAAAGAUGAUGAAGAUGUGAGGGAAAACAUCAUUCGCUAUGAUGACGAGGGAGGCGGAGAGGAAGAUACAGAAGCCUUUGACAUUGCAACUUUGCAAAAUCCAGAUGGAAUUAAUGGAUUUUUGCCUCGUAAGGAUAUUAAGCCUGAUCUGCAGUUUAUGCCCAGGCAGGGUCUUGCACCUGUUCCUAAUGGUGUUGAUGUUGAUGAAUUUAUUAAUGUAAGGCUUCAUGAAGCUGAUAAUGAUCCCACAGCUCCGCCAUAUGACUCUAUCCAGAUUUAUGGCUAUGAAGGAAAGGGGUCAGCAGCUGGUUCCCUUAGCUCCUUGGAGUCCUCCACAUCAGACUCAGACCAGAAUUUUGACUACCUCAGUGAAUGGGGUCCUCGCUUUAAAAGACUCGGAGAACUUUACUCAGUCGGAGAAAGUGAUAAAGAAACUUGA